AUGGGAAAUGCUUGUUAAAAUUGUCAUUAAAAUGACACAUAAGUAUUUACUUAAGAGUAAGGAAGUUUUAUAAAAGAAGAAAGCAUAAAAGUGAUUCAAAGUAUGAGUCCAAUUAUUAAAAAACAUGAAUAUUAAUUAGAAAAUCUGAAUGAAGGUAUUGGAGUAAGCACUAUUACUUCAUUUAUCAUUAAACCAAAAAAUUAGACUUAAAUUCUAGAGAUUUUAAGGGGAAUAAAAAACAUUGACACAGAAAUCAGAUAUUAUAAUCAAUUAGAUUAGGGAUCUGGCAGUCCUUCUUCAAAAAAUGACUCUCAAAACUUAAAGGGUAAAUGUAAUAGUGAAAGGCAUGUUCACUUUUAAAUUCCCUAAAUGCAGAUAAUAAAACAUGAAUCUAAAAUUGUUCAGAAAAAGCUUAAGAAAUGA